GGGUAUUUUUCUGACAUUGACGUCAAAGUGGGGUCUCGUCGGGUUGUACUUGAACUGUGUGCAGUAAAUCCAGUGUUUAUUUUAAAAUAGUGCAAAUAAUGGCAGAUGUGGAUGACCUCUUCGAUUGCUUUGAAAGCGAAGAAAAUCAGGGGCAGUUAGAAGGUCCGGUUAUAGCUCCAGAAGAAGGCGGUGGGAAAGUCGGAAAGCGCAUAUAUGAUGACAGUGAAGACGACGACUCCGGCAAACGAAAGAAAAGUAAAGUGGAAUCGAUACUAGACGAUAUUUGCAUAGAUGAUGUGACUACACGAAUUCAAGUGCAUGUUAUUGACUCUCCGGAUUCAUGUACCCACGAGCUAGCUACAUAUCCAGGACAAGAAUAUGUUCCAUUAACACAGCCCGCAGGUCCACCAGCGAAAGAGUACCCAUUCGUUCUGGAUCCCUUCCAAAAAGAAGCGAUUCUUUGCAUAGAUAAUAACCAGUCUGUGCUUGUGUCAGCACACACAUCCGCGGGUAAAACGGUAGUUGCCGAAUAUGCUAUUGCACGAUCGUUAAAUUUGAAGCAGCGGGUGAUUUACACAACACCUAUAAAGGCUCUAUCCAACCAAAAAUAUCGGGAAUUCAGUGAAGAAUUUAAAUGCGUAGGAUUGGUAACUGGAGAUGUGACAAUUAACCCGACAGCAUCUUGCCUCAUAAUGACCACCGAAAUUCUGAGAAACAUGCUUUACCGAGGAUCAGAAAUCAUGAGGGAGGUAGGCUGGGUGAUUUUCGACGAAAUUCACUACAUGAGAGAUAAAGAACGCGGGGUUGUGUGGGAAGAGACACUUAUUCUUCUCCCUGACAAUGUUCGAUAUGUUUUUCUUUCGGCUACCAUACCUAAUGCCAGACAAUUCGCAGAAUGGGUAUGUUAUCUACACAAGCAACCAUGCCACGUGGUAUACACUGAUUACCGUCCAACUCCGUUGCAACAUUACCUAUUUCCCGCUGGUGGCGAUGGAAUUCACUUAGUGGUGGAUGAAAAGGGGCAAUUCAAGGAAGAGAAUUUCAAUACGGCUAUGAGCGUAUUGCAAAACGCUGGCGAAGCUGGAAAAGGAGAUCAGAAAGGCCGCCGUGGAGGAAUUAAAGGUGUGAAUGCUGGGCAGACGAACAUUUUCAAAAUUGUGAAAAUGAUAAUGGAAAGAAAUUUUGCACCAGUUAUUAUUUUCUCGUUUAGCAAAAAAGAUUGCGAAGUUUAUGCUAUGCAAAUGGCUAAGCUAGAUUUCAAUACAACGGAGGAAAAAAAAUUAGUUGAUGAAGUUUUCAAUAAUGCCAUGGACGUUCUCUCGGAAGAGGAUCGACAGUUACCGCAGGUGGAAAAUGUACUACCCUUGCUCAGACGUGGAAUUGGUAUUCAUCACGGUGGCCUUCUACCAAUUCUGAAAGAAACUAUUGAGAUCCUGUUCAGCGAGGGACUGAUCAAGGCAUUGUUUGCUACUGAAACGUUUGCUAUGGGGCUAAAUAUGCCGGCUCGAACAGUAUUGUUUACAGCGCCCAGGAAAUUCGAUGGAAAAGAUUUUCGUUGGGUGACAUCGGGUGAAUACAUACAGAUGUCGGGUCGAGCUGGCCGUCGUGGACUUGAUGACAAAGGAAUUGUUAUUCUGAUGAUUGACGAAAAAGUUUCGCCCAAUGUUGGGCGAGGAAUUGUUCAAGGCAAAGCGGAUCCUAUAAAUUCCGCAUUCCACUUGACUUACAACAUGGUCCUAAAUUUAUUACGAGUUGAAGAAAUAAAUCCAGAAUAUAUGUUGGAAAGAUCGUUUUUCCAAUUCCAAAAUCAAAGCUCAAUCCCUGAUUUAUACAAAAAAGUGCAAGACAAGAUUAUAGAAUUAGAAAAAAUAAAAAUUCCAGAUGAGCAUGCAAUUGCUUCUUAUCAUCACAUAAGAGAGCAGUUAGACAUGCUAGGAAAGCAAUUUCGGAGUUUUAUAACAAAACCAGAAUAUUUGAUUCCAUUUUUGCAACCAGGUCGAAUGGUGAAAAUUCAGAAAGAUGACGAAGAAUUCGAGUGGGGCAUUGUUGUAAAUUUCGAGAAGAAAGUGAAAAAUGAUGAAUCGAAAAAUCCAUUGAAUUCAAAGUCAGAAGUGACCGUAAUUGUGGAUGUAUUGCUACAUGUCGACGAUGAUUUCGAAAAAGAGUCCGUACCGAAACCAUGUCCACCAGAUAAAAAAGGAAGUAUGGAAGUGGUUCCCGUCUUACAUAAAUUAAUUUCGAAAAUAUCUUCGUUGCGAGUGUUUUAUCCGAAAGACCUUCGACCCGCCGAUAACAGAAAGUCGGUUUUAAAGACAAUAGCUGAAAUAAAGAAACGAUUUCCUAAGGGACCCCCGCUUUUGAACCCCAAUGAGGAUAUGCACAUCAAAGAUUCGGAAUUCAAGGCAGUUGUAGAUUCUAUCGAUAAAUUUGAGAAACGACUAUUUGCACAUCCUUUACACGACUCUCCAGAUUUGGAUACAGUUUAUUCUAAAUAUUGUCAGAAACUUCAAGUAGCAAAUGAUUUGAAGGUUGCUAAAUCGCAAUUAAAAGAAGCUAAGAGCCUUUUACAAAUGGAUGAACUUAAAUACAGGAAGCGUGUUCUUCGAAGAUUGGGGUACUGUACAGCAUCAGAUGUAAUUGAAUUUAAAGGUAGAGUUGCGUGCGAGCUAAGUUCUGCUGAUGAGCUCUUAAUGACGGAAAUGAUUUUUAAUGGGGUAUUCAAUAGUCUGUCUAUUCCGCAAUCUGUAGCGUUACUGUCGUGUUUCGUUUGUGAUGAGAAAAGUUCGGAAACACCUGCAUCAACAGAAGAGCUUUCCGGACCCCUACGACUUAUGCAGGACUUGGCAAGGCGAAUAGCAAAGGUAUCUAAUGAAUGCAAACUAGAUUUGGAUGAAGAAUCAUAUGUUGAAAAAUUCAAACCAUACCUAAUGGAUGUUGUAUUAGCUUGGUGCAAGGGUGCGUCUUUUUUGAAUAUUUGUAAAAUGACAGAUAUUUUUGAAGGAUCUAUUAUCCGUUGUAUGAGACGAUUGGAAGAAUUAUUAAGGCAAAUGUGCCAAGCCGCAAAAACGAUUGGGAACACUGACUUAGAAAAUAAAUUUUCAGAGGGCAUUCGGUUAUUAAAACGGGAUAUCGUAUUUGCAGCCUCCCUAUAUUUAUAGACUAUGAACUUGUUUUUUUUUAAUUAAAUUUUGUUCAGACCUAGUGAAAUUGUAUAUGUUAUAAAUGUGAUGAAAGAUGUAUGUGUAAACUGAUUAAUAUAUCGUAUAUGAUGGAAGGUUGCUUUUCAAUAAAAAUUCUUUGUAACAAA